CUGACUCAAAGCGUAGGUUGACUGUAGAAAACAUAAAAUGACAUACUGCAAAAAAUGGUUUAUUUUAUAUGCGAAAUAACAUUAACCGAUCAGCCACGACAUGGGACUGUGCUAUAGUCUGCGACCCCGAUUGUUUGGCGAUCUAAGUGGAUCGAUUUCUAACGCUAAUUCAGACUCGGACCAACAGCCUGAUCCUAUAAUUCCAUCGCGUGUUGGGGAAUCUCGGCAAGAGGACUCCAGGGGAAACAACAAGACAUCACCAGUACGCAUCAGCCAAACACACCACUGGGACAUCGGCAAGCUCCCAGCUGGGGAGCAUCAUCCUGGAGACGCGAACGUCGAUGGAGCGCUAAUUCAGAAUGGAGGUGGAGGAGGAAGCAAGGGAACUGUGAAGGACCGGAGUCGACGAUUACAGCUUCUGCAGACGUCCAGCACCCAAAACCAGAAAAACUGGGACAAACUAGUAGUGGAGGAGAAGGAGGCCGAGAGGGAGGCGAAGAAAGUCAGUAAGAAUAUUGACCGGGCCUUGAAGGAACUUAAACGGGAAUACAAACAGACCCAUCGAUUACUUUUAUUAGGGGCUGGCGAAUCAGGCAAAAGCACUAUUGUGAAACAGAUGAAGAUCCUUCACGUCAACGGAUUUAACGCAGAAGAAAAGAAACAGAAAAUCCAAGACAUUCGGAAAAAUGUGAAGGAUGCUAUAGUGACAAUAGUGUCUGCAAUGAGCACUUUAAUACCUCCUGUCCCUCUUGCGAACCCAGAGGACCAGUUUAGGAUUGAUUACAUCAAAAGCAUAGCACCACUGUCAGAUUUUGACUACUCACAGGAGUUUUUUGACCAUGCCAAGAAACUUUGGGAUGAUGAUGGAGUGAAGGCAUGCUAUGAGAGGUCUAAUGAGUACCAGCUCAUCGACUGUGCACAUUACUUUCUUGACCGAAUUGAUGCAGUAAGACAGAGUGACUAUACACCAACGGAUCAGGACUUGCUACGCUGCAGAGUUUUGACAUCAGGGAUUUUUGAAACACGAUUUCAAGUAGACAAAGUCAAUUUUCAUAUGUUUGAUGUGGGAGGUCAAAGAGAUGAGAGGAGAAAGUGGAUCCAGUGCUUUAAUGACGUCACUGCAAUCAUUUUUGUGGUUGCGAGUAGCAGUUAUAAUAUGGUCAUUAGAGAAGACAACAACACCAACAGAUUACGGGAAGCACUUGACCUUUUUCGCAGUAUCUGGAACAACAGAUGGUUACGAACUAUCUCUGUCAUAUUAUUCCUCAACAAACAAGACAUGCUGGCUGAGAAAGUAUUAGCUGGGAAAUCCAAAAUUGAAGACUAUUUCCCAGAAUAUGCUCGCUACACAAUACCAAAUGAAGCAACUCCAGAGCCAGGAGAAGACCCAAGAGUGACGAGAGCCAAGUAUUUCAUUCGAGAUGAGUUCCUGAGGAUCAGCACAGCAAGUGGAGAUGGGCGUCAUUACUGUUACCCUCAUUUCACGUGUGCUGUUGACACAGAGAAUAUUCGUCGGGUCUUUAAUGACUGUCGGGACAUCAUCCAGAGAAUGCACCUGCGGCAGUACGAACUCUUGUGAUCUGGGUUAUGAUAGCCAGAGUGCUUUUUACAAACCUGUCUCCAAACUCCCAUGCUCCUUCCCUGCCCACUCCCAAGCAAGGCCAAAAUGGACUAUAUAUACUACUGACGUUUGGCAGACUAUCUUCUUUUCUCUUUUCAUUUGUCAUUGCUUUUUUAAAAACAUUUGUUGAUUGGAGUUGGAGGGGAUAUUUUUUGCCAUUUCACUAAGCCUUUGGCUACCUCCUUAUUUUUUAUUUUAAUAUAAAUAUAUAAAUAUACAGAAACUGUGUUUGUGUGUGUGUGUGUGUGUGUGUGUGUGUGUGUGUGUGUGUGCGCGUGCGUGUGUGUGUAUGUGUGUACGCACACGUGUGCUUGCGUGUAUACACGGUCUGGCUGCUGCCAAUUUAUUUAUGGAUAUCGCAUCACCUUAUGACCUCCAGACCCCCUGACCUCUUGACCUUCUGGGCUCUCUGCUGCUCUUUUUCUUUGAACACUGAAGAGUGCCCAUAGAUCAAGGUACAGAGGUGAACACUGGGAAAAGGAUAACUUAAAAACUGAAUGAAGUAAUGCACUUUUGCAUCAGGUUUUACUGACUAUAUUUGUUUUCAAAGAUAGACACAUUCAAUGUAGCAUUGUAAUGUUUGACUCUAUGUCCUGCUUAAAGAUGUGGUAUUGGUUGGAGUUAGACUGGGGGCUACAGAGUAUUCUUACAGGUUAAGGAGUUCCAUAAGAGUUCCAUAAGAGUCUUAGUUCACUCCACUAAGAAAGAUAAAGCAACCACUUUAAUGUGUCCACAUAUAUUGUUUAGAUCAUACAUUACUUUGGGUGAAAAUUAAACAAAAACAAAAACAUGCCAUUUCUUUUUUUUAGUUUCUUAACUUGUACAGGCUGUGCAAGGUUAAAUUUCUCCUGUACAGACUAUAAAGUUUUAUUAUUUUGUACAAUUUUAUGGAAAGAGAGAAAAAAAUCUACUUGUAGAUCUUUGUGCCUUCACUUUGGCUGUACCUGUAAAUGAGCUGAGAUGUAACUGACCACGCUGUACAGCUUGAUGUCACCCUGUCAGCAGAAGGGACUGCAGAUGGGAGCCUAUUCUGUAGUUUAUUUUCUUUUUGGUGUUUUGUUUUUACAAAAAUACUGUUUAGUAUAAAAAUUAUUAAAAAGAAAAAUGUGUAUACAUUAUGCAAUUGACCCCAUUACUUCUACACAAAGAAGCACCAUGGCUUUCUUUUUUGUUUUUGUUUUGUUUUUAUCUUCUUUUAUUUCAUGCUUUAAACAACAUUGGAAAACAAUUGUUAAAACAAAAAAAGAAAAAAUACAUGGUGUUUUCAUAGGGACCUUUUCGAUAUGAAGUAUGUCUGCAAUAUGUGAGCGUGUGGGUGCAUGCAUGUGCGUGCAUAUAUGAAUAAGUGAGAUGUUGAGCCAGACGCAUGUGUAGUGUGUAUGCAAGAGUGCAUUGUGUGCAUUCUUUUAUAAAUGUGUGGUACAUGUAAAUUUAUAGGUCUAUAUAAAUAUAUAUGUACAAUUCUACAUGUUUAAUUAUGUGUGUCUAGGUGUAUACAUACCUUUUUAUGUAUACAGUGAAGAUGUGUACAUACACACAUAGAUAAGCAUGUCUGGAGUGAAACGAAUAAAUGAGAGUGUGCAAUACUAAAUGCAGUUGUGUUGUACCACCACUUUCACCAUUUUAUAUAGAAUAUCAAUUGAGAUAUUGCAUUCAGGUAAUUAAAGUGAGAAUGGAUUCAACAAGAUGGAACAGUUUUGUAUUAAGGAAAAGUGUAUGUAAUUAGGUUUCAGAAGAGCCCUUGUAACUUAAAGCCUUUGUGUAUUCAAAGUCAAAUCCCUAGCCACAGCUUUAGUACCAAUGUCUGCCAUAAACUAACAAAAUAUUUUCCAAUCCUAGUCCUAAUAAUAAUAUGCAACAUUAAGAAGCUUUCAGUGGAACUAUGAAAGUUUUCAGGAAGAAGCAGGGGAAUACCAUGUGACAACCAGUAAGAUAUGAAAAGGCAAAAUAGCAUUGUAUUAUAUUAUUUUCCUGUUAAUAGGUUUAUAAAUAAAAUAAAUAAGAUUUAAUCUGUGCCCUAAAAAAUAUAAUUUCAUCAUGAUAAUUUCAUCAUUUCCUGUUAUGUGGAAGUAAAAAGGAUUUUAAAACAUGGUGCAGUAAUUACUUUUCGUAUGUGGAUAUUGACACCUCUAUACAAUAUAAAUUAAUACUUUUAGAAGAAAGCAGGAGGCUUUUGUCAUCUGUCCUUUGCAGUCAGGAUUAAUGUUAUUUAGAUUGUCAUGGUCUUUUAUUCCAUAGUUUAUAUCUCUUUCAGUUCAUGCCAACUUACUGCAUUAGGAUAGACAAAUUAUAUUUCUAAUAUCCAGUAUUUAACUCCUUACCAGUUUAGGCUUUUAUUUCAACCCUUCAAAGUUCUUAUCCACUUUGGUAAGAAAGGAAUUAAAAAGGGUUGCAUUGAUUUAAAAACAGGUACAUUCAAAAGCCAGAAGACAGGCAUUACCAUGACUGGCUAGAAUUCAACUAAGGCUGUUUUAUUUUUACUUGGCUCGUUGAACCAGAGUCCAAGAGUUUAUGACCUAUUUGAGUUCCAAUGUAUAUAAUGAUAAAUACAUAUAAUACACAUACAUUACUUAUUAAUUUGUAUUACCAACAAUUACUUUUGAAGUACUUCUGCAUUUAUAAUAUGCAGCUUUAAAUCUAUUCAAAUUAUUUUAAAAAUUAGCAAGACAUACAUUUUAUUGAAAUGUAGUUUGUCAUUCACAAAUGAGCACUCCAAGGCAGUUUGACAUUGUCAUCCAUAAUUAAACAAAUGCUUAAACAAAAUUUCUUUCCUUAUCUCUCUCUCCCACACAAAAGCAAAUGCCUUCACACAAACACAUCCUUGGUUAAAUACAUGACUAGCUCUCUACAGCUGUAUAUUAGAUAAUACACUGCUUAAUAUAUUAGUAAAUAAAUUCAGUAAAAUUAAUACAUUGUAUAACUUCUGAUAACGAAUAAUGUUAAGAAAUACAAUCCAAAAUAUAUCUAGACCAUAUAUAGUUAAUAUCCUAUUUAUUCAAAUCUCAUAGUGACUUUUUUAAAUACUUAAACCCAUUACAGUUCUAUUGCUAAUCAAAUAAAUAUACUUCCUAGCUUUAUUCAUUUUAUACCCUUUUUUCUGAAGUGUUUAGUUCAUAGCCAAAAAUUUUGAAAAAUGUCACUGUGCUAUGCAAGAAAACCGCAUGUCACUCAAGAUUAUACGUAUUCCUAAAUGCAUACAUGCACUAUAAUAGUCAAUUUCCAUACACAGUUAAAUGUAUGUAGUUUAAAGCACAGCUUAUUCCGGAAAAAUCAUAGAAUAUCAGUCUCACUGCUUGUUCAAGAUCAUAAGCUUAAGCAUAGUGCUUAUACUCAUGACAUUUGUGAAAUACAAGAGUAAAUGGCAAAAUGCUAUUACAUGAAUGGUAAAGUUAAAUCUUCCCAAUGACCAUACUUUGUUUGCAAAGGUAAAAAAAAGUUUUACAGUAAUAUUCAAGAUAUGUUCAUAAUAAUUAGACUAAAAGCUUUACAGUAAAUGCCAGAGUGGUGUUUGCAGUCCAGCCUGAAACGCUGCGACAGCUUCAUAUUCAAAUACAUUUAUCUUUUUUUUUUUUUUUUUUUUUUAGUGAGAAUU